AUGGCGGCCAUGCUUGGUGGGGGCGGCGAAGGGAUGCCGCUCGAACAAUGGUUCUUCGAGAUGCCAAUAGUCACACGAGUCUGGACAACUGCCACCGUCAUCACCGGCGUCCUCGUCCAAUGCCAGAUCCUCACACCCUUCCAACUCUUUUACAGCUUCCGAGCCGUCUUCAAUAAGCAGCAGUACUGGCGCCUCCUCUCCACCUUCAUCUACUUCGGCCCGCUCUCCCUUAAUCUCCUCUUCCACAUCUUCUUCAUCCAACGUUACGCCCGCAUGCUCGAAGAAUCCGCCGCCAGCGUCGCCCACUUCGCCUGGCUCAUGGCCUAUGCCAUCAUAUCUCUCCUCACAAUCGCUCCUUUGUCCAACCAAGCCUUCCUCGGCACAACCCUCAGCUCCACAUUAGUGUAUAUCUGGAGUAGACGGAAUCCGGACACAAGACUCAGCUUCCUCGGUCUGUUGACCUUCAAGGCGCCGUGGUUGCCGUGGGUGUUGAUCGCUUUCAAUGUUGUGCUGCAUGGACACUGGCCGAAGGAUGAGUUAUGUGGGAUUGUGGUUGGGCAUGGUGAGCAUAUGAUUGCGAGUGACGUUGGAGUGUGGUACUUCUUCAACGACAUCUACCCGUCGACGCACAACGGCCACAGGCCACUCGACCCGCCCCAGUGGUGGAUCAGGUUGUUCGAGCGUGGAGCGCUGGCUGCACCUGUAGACACAGAUAUUCACGCCGCAGGUCUCAACAGAGACAUAGCAGCUCCUGCGGUAGCAGAUGUGAGAUAG